AUGGCCCAGCUUCUGACGGUCACGGUCACCCUGGGUUGCAUCAGCCUCCUUUACCUGCAGCUCCCGGGCGUCCUGUCUGGCGGCCUGGGCGUGGGCUUGCGACCCGCACGCCCCAGGCAGCCCCCAGCCCGGACUUCCGGUGGCCUGCAGUCCCCUGCACACCGACCUGUGUUUUGGAAGCAUCACCAGACCCUUCAGCCACAGGGGAGGUCCCACCUGGCCCCCACUAUGGGUCGGCCUCUUCAGGGUGGUGGCUCACGACAAUCAGGUCCCCGGCGACACUUGGGCCCCCAGAGACACUUGGGUCCCCGAAGGCCCCAAGCCCAGCUCCUACGGGUGGGCUGUGUGCUGGGCACCUGCCAGGUGCAGAACCUCAGCCACCGCCUGUGGCAGCUUGUAAGGCCAGCUGGUCGGCAGGACUCAGCUCCUGUGGACCCCAGUAGCCCCCACAGCUAUGGUUGA